AACAUCAACAAACGUCUAAACAUGUACUUGGUACAUCUAUGUUCAAAUUUUUGAUAAAAGUGUUUCAUUUAAAAAUAUAAAAACGAAAUUAAUCGAUCUGGGUCAGUACACACUACGCCGACGGACAUCAAAUAAGCAAAAGGCCAUUUCCUCAACUAUUAGAACAUUAUUUUUCGACAAUCUUAAAAAUUAUUUAAUACAGUGAAAAUGUUGCUCAAGAGGGAUUUACUUGAAAAUGUUACAAUAAUAUCUUGUAGCGGCACUGUCGUUUGUCUUAUACUUAAUUAUAUAUCUAAUAUUUCACCCAUAACUGGAAUUUAUUUUAUAAUUUAUAUUCUUUUACUAUUCAUUACUUCUUUAUUUGCAAGCUUUAAGUUAAUACAGUGGUUGCUUCACCUAAACAAACCCAUUCAGUAUGAUAUCGAAAAACUCGUUGAGAAAUAUCCUUUCAUGGCAUUUCUUGCUGAUGUACUACCAAAGUUUGAAAAGAAAACUGAAAAGGAAAUCAAAGAAUACGACACUAACGAAUUGAGCGUGAUAACUAGCGUAUUGGAAAAGAGACUAGUGUCUUCAUGGUACGUUCCAUAUAUUUCGGAGGAAAUUGGAUUUCCAUUUGCAUGUAAACAAACAUUGGAUCAAAUUAUUGCAAAGGCAUUUGAGACUUGUAAUAAAAUUGAUAACAAAGAUAUUUUUGUUGAUAUGUGUGCUAUUUUGACGAGUCACUUUAAGGAGUAUAAGAGAGCUCUUAAAAGACAUGAAACAAGCCCCAACGAGACUGUAGAGUCACUGUACAAGAAAACACAUCCAAUAUUCAACAGCAAAAAUAAGAAAACAGCUACGGCCGAUCAUUGUAUCGAUGUUCUGAGGAUUAUACUUAAGGACUUGGUUCCAUGGGAGGUAUGGGACACGCCAUACUCAGAACUCCUUGUAAGAAUUCUAGCCAAGAAGUUAGACACAUACAUAGAUACAACCAUCGCUAACCCUAUUUGGUUGAAUGACAAGUUAUUAAACCUACUUACCAAAGAAAAGGCGACUAUAAAUACAGAUUCCAUAGAAAAAGAGCCUAAAAAUGUUGAAACGGUAAAAGAUGUUGCUGAAAAAAAGGAAAGUAUUGAGAAAAGUAAUGAAAACAUUAUAGUUGAAUCUACACAAGAAGUUAAAAAAGUUGUGCAGAAUGUUGAAGAAAAGACCAAAGUUGAUUUGGGUAAUGGAAGCGAGUUUAGCGAAGUGAAGCCUGUGUUGAGACAAAGGAGAGGGAGACAGGGAAGGAGUGAAGUCAAAAUAUAUGACCGGAUCAUUGAAGGUAGUGUGAAGACUUGGGAGACAGAUAUGGAUCUCCAGUGUAUCAGCGUGGGUCAAGACUUACUGGCCAGUCUGGAUGAAAUGACUUUGAGCCGUCUGUGGGGUCAAGAAGAUGCAGAACAUAGUCCCAACAUGAGAACGGUAUCACCACAGCCACUGUGGUUCGGCGAGGAAGAUAAUGUGGAACUAGACCUGGAUUUGGUUCAAAGUAAAAAGGAUUCCAGCCCUAAGCCAGCUGAACUACUGCGAGACCUGCAGAGUACUGUGCACCAGGCCAAGGCCAAGAUAGGAGAUCUGCAGGUCCCGUACAUAGAUGUGACCAACAACAACAGUGAUGAAGCCGCUGGGAUGAUGGAAGGUCUUCUGGAUAAAGGUAUAGCUGGUAUCAAGAAAGGUCUUCGAUUCACAGGUCUCAGCGACGAUUCACAGGAAAAACAUGACAAAUCACCAGCACACAAAGGCAGCGAGAAGGUGUCGCCGGAACUACAGAGGCACAGACUGAGAACGGAAAUCAGCGAGGCGCAAGAGGCUUACACCACUAUGGGCACGCCUAAAGAGGACAAUCUGAUGCACCACCUGGUCAAACAGCAGAGAGUCAGCUCGCAGGACAGUGUGCUGUCCCGGGCCCCGGCGUGGUGUCCAUCACCCCCCGCCGCUCCUCCCUCCCCUCCCACCCCCCGGUCCAAAACUCCCCCGUCCCCAGAGCCGCAGUAUGAAGAAGCAGCCGACCUAUCCGCCUCCAUCGCUAAGCUACGUUCAUUGCUGCAACACGCCGGCCCAAGACCGGAAGAGGUCUGGUGGGAAGGCGCUGAGGAAACCCGCGGGAGGCAAGCAACCAACAUAACUAGACCUCCCGACGCAGCAGCGCUAGCUGAUGAAUAUGAUAUGGAGAGGAACGCCUCCCCGGGGCAGACCAGCAACAACAUGCAGAGGCUCGACAAAUUGUUCACUCGCACGGUGACGGGUGUGUUUAAUUCCAUUCGGACGGCAGUCGGUGCGGAGGGCGAAGUCCCCGCGGGAGGCAGCGAGGGUGGCGGAGCGCUAGCUGACUGGACGUAUGUUAGCACCUCGCCUGAACUCAGCGUGUGUUCAGCCGCGGGUCGCCUGGUUGGGUCUAGACGCGCCCUGUGGCAUGUGGACUCAGCUCUAGACUCGCUUCACCAGCUGGAGACCAAAGAUGAAGAGAAGUUAGAACCCCUGGAGCUCGAGGAGUGGUUGUGUGCGUACGGGAGUCGCUGGGCAGGCCUGCUGGAGGUGGUCACGUCGCUGGGGCUGGUGUCCUCGCACCUCGCCUUCAGACUGUCAGCUGUGCUCUGCGCCGAUAUAGCGGAGUCUCUGAUAGCGACGUGGUUGGACGAGUUGUCCGGCUGGUUGAAGAAGCAGGUGUUCGUGUACUUCGAGCAGCUGGCAGCUAACAGCGAAGCGGACGAGACGCCGCUCAGAGAGUUGGAUGUUGAUGAAACUUGCAGGAUUAUUCUGGAAAAUAUUCCAGAAUGGUGCGUGGUGAGUGAAGAGCGCGCGCGCGUCGCUGUCCGCACGUGUGUAUGCAGCAUGCAACACGCGUGCGUGCUCAAGGACGUGUUAUAUAGAAUGAUAGACGCGCUCGCGGGACGAGCGAGGGCCGCCGGAGGGCAGCACUAGUGUCGGGUCGUUACAGAACUUUCAAAGAAUAUAAAUGUAUUUUAUAUCUAAGUGUUGUUUAAUUGUGAAUUAAACUAAUUGUUUUAUUUUAUAUUUCUACAACAUUCCCGAUCGGCUCCGUUACGAUAUCGAGGGCAGCCUGAUGUCGGCCACUCUUAUAACGUAGUGUUAUCUUUAUACAACAUGAUCUCCGAAUGCUUUAAUGAAAAAUAAAAAUACGUUUACCGAACA